AUGGCUAAAGAACCAUUGUCAUUUUAUGGAACUACGCUCGUUUGUGGCUUCCAUCCAAUUACCGCGGUCAAAACUUCGCGUCUUGAAAAGAGUGAAGAAUUAAAAAAUGAGAAGAAAUUUAUUGAAUAUUUCGAUGAUUGUCCUUACAUUAUAGAAUGUUUUGGUCAUGAUACUACUCUUAAUAUUAUUGAUGGUAAAGAGAAAGUGUUUUACAAUGUCUUCCUGGAAUACGCUGUUGGAGGGACACUAUUUGAUUUUAUCAUAGCUUCUCCCAUUUACAACGAAUCUAAACAAGUCAAAGAGUUCCUUCAACAGAUUCCUAUAGGUGUUGACUAUAUUCAUGAGAAGGGAUGGUUGAUGACUCGACGAUCAGCGUUGAAGAACAAACUUGUUUGUGUUCGAUUAUUUGUUGUGAAAAAGAGAAAGAAGUUGAAGUAG